AUGGGUGCCGCCCUUCUCGGCUGCUGCCAGGUGGAGGGCACGUUCGCAUUGAACACGCUGAGGGACGAACUGGCUGGCACGAGGCUGCGAAUGCGCAGGGAGCCCGAAGUGUGGGUGACGAUUGAGGCCCUCGAGAUCAAAGAGGGCGGCAACGUCAAGCUCAGCCCUCAGAAUUUCUGCCUGAGGGCUUUGAACUUGAAGACGCUCGUGGAGGUCAUGGGCACCAGGGCGGAGCUCGCCGCUCUGGCCGCCCAGAAGGGCGCUGCCAACGCGCUCGCGAAGCUCAAGCUCGAUAGCGACAAAGCUGCGGUGCUGGCCGCGAAGGCGUCAGGGGCAGUACAGAAGGUUGCGUCGUUUGGUGGGGGCGACGGGGGUCCCAGUCAGCGCAGCCAGAGAGUGGAAGUGACCGUCGACAUGGACAAGACUUUCGGGCAGGAGGAGGUCGCUGUGAGGGUGACGGACAUCAAGACAGAGAUCGGCCUCAUAACCAAGAUAUUCGCCGCAGACGUGUGCAAGAAGUUCAUCGAGGACGCUGUAUCAAGUAAGGCCAGCGUUAUUGCCACGAGGGUCGGUAAGAAGAAGUACGAGGAAGUCGUGUACAACGUGACCGCCGCGGCCUGCGGGCGGGCACGGCGCUGGGCGGCUCCUCUCCGCCUCCUCUCCGAGCUGGCCGCGGCUGAGCUGGAGCCCGACACCGUCGCCUACAACACGGCUAUCAGCGCUUGCGGAAGAAGCCGCGAGUGGUCGCAGGCGCUGGCGCUGCUGGCGGCCAUGCGGCGGCGGACGGUGAGCGAGGACGUCCUCACCCACAACGCUGUGCUGGCGGCGUGCGCCUUGCAGGGCGCGGGGCGUCCGUGGGCGCUAGCGCUGCACCUGCUGAGCCGGUUGCGGGCGCGGGCGCUGCGCGCGGACACCGCGUCGUACAAUUGCGCCAUCGCGGCUUGCGACCAGGGCCACCGCUGGGCGGCGGCGCUGGCCCUGCUCCGGGAGAUGAGGUCGGAGCUGGUGAGCCCCAGCGUGGUGACGCUCAACGCCUUGGCCUCCGCGUGCGAGAGGGGCCUGCCGUGGGCGAGCAGCCUGGCCCUGAUGGAGGAGCUCCGGCAGGCGCUCGUCGAGCCGGACAGUCUAUCGCACAGCGCGGUGGCCACCGCCUGCGCAAAGGCCUCCGGCUGGCCGACCGCCCUGGUGCUCCUCGCCGCCUCGCCGCGCGGCGGGCCGAGGCCGCGCUCGGCGGCGAUGGCCGCCUGCGCGGAGGCCUGCGGUCGGGACAGCGCCUGGCGCCAGGCCCUCUGCCUUUUGCGCGCUGGCGUUGCCAGGGACGUGGCGCUGGCCACGGCGGCGGCCGCCGCCUGCGGGCGCGCUGCGCUGGCGGGGCUCCAGAGGCUCGCCGCUUGCGAGGCGCGCCGCGGCGCCCUGGUGCUUCUGGUGAACGGCGGUGAUGCUGGGGCCCGCGCGGGUGGAGGCCACGGGCCGCUCCACGGCCUCGGCGAGCAGGCCGCCGGGCUCGCCGCGGGCGGCUCAG